GCUGGCCUGGGUUGUUGUGGUAGGCGGUUCCACACAGCAAAGGAGCGGCGACCAGACAUCCGAGUCUACAGUACUGGGACGUUUUUAAUGAUUAUAACGCCGAACUGGAAAGGAAAUAAAACGCAUUUUUAUAGAAAAACAUCUUAAAUAACUAUUCCGCUAUGGAGUCCUAUGACAUUUUAGCUAACCAGCCCGUUGUGAUUGAUAAUGGUUCUGGGGUUAUUAAGGCUGGGUUUGCAGGUGACCAGAUCCCAAAGUACUGCUUCCCAAACUAUGUGGGACGACCCAAGCAUGUGCGCGUGAUGGCAGGAGCCCUGGAGGGAGAUCUGUUCAUCGGACCCAAGGCAGAAGAACACAGAGGGCUGCUGUCCGUGCGCUACCCCAUGGAGCACGGCAUCGUGAACGACUGGAACGACAUGGAGCGCAUCUGGCAGUAUGUCUACUCCAAGGAGCAGCUGCAGACCUUCUCUGAGGAGCACCCUGUACUACUGACAGAGGCUCCACUGAAUCCCAGUAAAAACCGAGAGAAGGCCGCCGAGGUGUUCUUUGAGACCUUCAACGUUCCUGCCCUCUUCAUCUCCAUGCAAGCAGUGCUAAGCCUGUACGCCACGGGCCGGACCACUGGCGUGGUCCUGGAUGCCGGGGACGGCGUGACCCACGUGGUGCCCAUCUACGAGGGCUUUGCCAUCCCCCACUCCAUCAUGCGGGUGGACGUGGCCGGGCGCGACGUCUCACGCUACCUCCGCCUGCUGCUCCGCAAGGAGGGCUACAACUUCAACACCUCGGCCGAGUUUGAGGUGGUCCGCACCAUCAAAGAGAGAGCCUGUUACCUGUCACUGAACCCCCAGAAGGACGAGACGUUGGAGACAGAGAAGGCCCAGUACAUUCUACCCGAUGGGAGCUCAUUAAACAUCGGACCGGCCCGGUUCAGAGCUCCCGAGCUGCUGUUCAGACCCGACCUGAUCGGAGACGAGAGUCCCGGUAUACAUGAGGUGCUGGCCUACUCCAUCCAGAAGUCGGACAUGGACCUGCGCCGCACGCUCUACUCCACCAUCGUGCUGUGCGGAGGAACCACCCUGAUCAAAGGCUUUGGAGAAAGGCUACUAACGGAAGUGAAGAAGCUGGCGCCUAAAGAUGUAAAGAUCAAGAUCUCCGCUCCUCAAGAACGACUCUACUCCACAUGGAUCGGAGGCUCCAUCCUAGCGUCGCUGGACACCUUCAAGAAGAUGUGGGUGUCGAAGAGGGAGUACGAGGAGGACCGGGCGCGCGCCAUCCACAGGAAGACCUUUUAAAGAGGGGCCCCCCGCCACCCACCCACCCAACCAUCACCCCCCCGACACUCAACCCACCCCCUCUCAAGAACAACACUCCCAAGUCAUUCAGAGGGGGACACCCCCCCCCCUCCCCUCACCACGUGACCCGUGAUCAUCUGAUGGGAGACCCUCUGCUUCUACUUCCUCCUCCUUCUCCUCCUCCUCCCUGCCCCCCAGCUCCUCCUCUUCCUCCUCCUCCUCCUCCUCCUCCUCCACCACCUCCUCCACCUCCUCCGCUGCUCCUCCUUCUUGCUAUUUUCUCCAAACAAAGCGCCGUGCUCGUGCCUCCAGGGUUGGGCAGAGGUUUUGUAUUGCGCAUGGGUUUAUUAGGCCGGACGUCAGCUCCUCCCCCCCCCUCCCCUGUGGUUUGACGUCCUGCUCUGUAAGGUGGAGCUGGAGGUGGAGGGGUUUAGCGUACGGUCCAACAUUCGCAUGCAGGGCGAGGGCUGCCCCGGGCAGGGGGAGAGGCGUUCAGUACGGUUAGCCACCUGCUUCUUUGUUUAAUGAUGGGUAGGGGAAACAACGACAGACUCAUUCUGUAGUCCCAACCUGAAGCAUGGGACGGGGUGACUCCUCUUCCCUUUGCCCGCGCCAGCCCUCUCGACGAGGACAUUAUCAACGGAAAUAUCAUCGAAUAUUAAUAAGAAGUCAAUGUUUUUGCUACUGUAAAAAAAAAAAAAAAAAGGAGAAAAAGUUCCAUUCCAUACCGAAGAGAUUGAUUUGAUUUCUUUUGUUUUUUUUUCUUUUUAAUAUGUUGAUUUCAAGAAAAACCGGACGGUGUCUAUUUCAUAGUUUAUUACUUUGUAUUAUUAUUAUUAUUAUUAUUAGUUUGUUUGCAUUUUAGCUUGGAAGGAUCAGAGGUAAUGAGUGGAAUAGGUAAAGCUAGAUGGCUGGAAAGCUUGGUAAAAUACUGUGUUGUUGUACUUGUGGCCUAUACACGCCAACUACGCACAGCUACAAAUCCUUGUGUAGUUGUCUAGUGAAAGAACUUCCAUUACAUGUAUUCAUCCCUCGUUCGCGCGCACAUUAGGGGGAAAAAGGUUUUUAAUUGAACUCGCCGGUGUCCUAAUCCUUUGUAGAUCUGACCAUGUGUCUCCCACAUAAUUUGGUAGCGCAAGCUUAAAAAUGUAAGAAAUGCCUUUUUUUUAUUAUUUUUUUGUUUCGGACUGGAUCUCUACUUGAAAAGAACAGUCUGAGCUCUGUGCUCAAGCUCGUGGGUCGAAUCAAGAGCUGACACUCAAAGAUCACCCCUCCGUUCUGUCUAUUAACAAGUUGUUUUCUGCACAGCCGCAUGUGAGUUAUUGUACACCGAUAUAACCCCCACCGCCAGCCAUCAGCCACCCCCAUGUGUCUAAAUAUCGCUUCUACUUUGUUAAUUUAUACGUUCUCUGGAAUCUGAAGGACAAAACGUAUCGGGCCAUUUAAAAGAAGUAAAGUAUAGAAGUAUAGAAUAGCCCCCUGACCCUUGCCCCCCCCCCACGUCCUGAACCACAACAGCACAUCAGAAGACGUCUCGUAGUUAUAAGUGUUAUCCCAGCCCCUCUCAUAUCUCCCUCCAACAACGGUGGGUCACUUCCCUCAUCAUCGCCAUGCAUCUGGGAGGCAGUGAGGCAGUGGACAUCCGGUCCAAACCGGUGUCUUAACGGUUCAGCUUCUGGAUGCUCCGCUCCUCCAAAGGUUUCUUAAUGCCUUGGCGCACGGUGGAGCGAUCGUCUGAAACAGCCACCACCACUACAAUGACAGCGACAACAAAACAGACUUCAAGUGUACAAUACUGUUAUUCAAGUGUUGCUUUUACUUUUUCGUAAAUUCAGUAUAAUAAAUAAGUUAAUGGCUGCUG